AUGGAGCGCGCGUGCGAUGACGAGCUGGUGGAUCGGUGCGACGAAUGCGGCGGCGUCCUGGAAGCCUGGGACGACGAGUCCUUCGUCAUAUACGACUGCUUCCACGCGCUGCACGCCGGCUGCGCCCACGGGCGCGACGCCUGCCCGCGCUGCCACACGCCGCGGGUACACGACGACGACGACCAGCCGGAACAGAUCGAAGCGGCCCCCGCCUCGACGCCGGACAACAAAGAUGAGGACUCGGCGUUGGCGAGCGAUGGCGUCGUGGGCAUGGGCAACGACGACGACCGCCCCGGCGGCGGCGAGAGCCCCGCCUCCAUGUCGGUGUCCGGGUGCAACCACGCCUCGCGCCUCGGCUGCUGCGCCUGUUGCUCCCGCCGAGUUGCCGAGCUGGAGAGCCGUCUCCAGGAGAAGAGCGCUGCUCUGACCGAGACCACCAACGUCUUGGAGUUGGAGCUGGAGAGAGCCCAGAGUCGCCUCUGUAGACUCGAGGAGAUGUACGACAAGUUGGAGGAGGAGUUCAUCCGUCUGCGUGAUGGAAAGAGGGCGAGAGAAAUCGAGGACGCCCAAGAAAGGAAGAAGCCGCGGAACGGCGGAAGGAGCGCUUCAAGUUUCCCACAGGACCAGACUGACUGA